AUGGCGAAUUCGUGUUUGAGAGACGGAAAAUUCAGCGCACCAGGCUUUCGAUUUCACCCUACCGAUGAGGAGCUGGUGGUUUAUUACCUGAAGAGGAAGAUCUGUGGGAGAAAGCUUAGAAUCAAUGCCAUUGGCGUCGUUGAUAUUUACAAACUUGAUCCUGCUGAAUUGCCUGGUUUAUCGGUGUUGAAGUCAGGGGAUCGACAGUGGUUCUUUUUCACUCCGAGGAACAGGAAGUAUCCAAACGCAGCUAGGUCCGGUAGAUGCACCGCAACUGGGUAUUGGAAGGCUACAGGGAAAGAUCGUGUCAUAGUCUACAACUCGAGAUCCGUGGGACUCAAGAAGACACUUGUUUUCUAUCGAGGCCGUGCUCCUAAUGGUGAGCGUACUGAUUGGGAAUAUUAUGCUCUUUAUAAGCUGUACAAGAAAAGUGGAGCUGGUCCCAAAAACGGGGAAGAGUAUGGGGCUCCCUUCCAAGAAGAAGAAUGGGUCGAUGAUGAUGAUGAUGAUGAUGAUAGUGAAGACGCAGAUCAUGUUGAUGUACCGAAUGAUCAUGUGGUCCGUUAUGAGAAUAACCGUCGUGUGGAUGAUAGUUUAUUUUGCAAUCCUGUCAAUCUUCAGUCAGGUGAUCUUGACAAGCUUCUCAAUGAGAUAGCAAAUGCACCAGGGGUUGCGCAAAGACAAAUGAAUGAGCCUUCUGGUGUUCUUCAGGGUAUUAGCGAAAAAGACAUAGAGAGCGUGUUGCUAAAUAAUUCCCCUGGAGAGUUUCUUUCUCCCUGGGAAGUCGGAAAAUGCUUGCCGAAUGGCCACUGGAGUUUUCAGUCAGGAAACACAUUUGAAGCUACUGAGGCUGAAUCAGCUUUCAAUACCUCUGGUAUAGCACCUUUCGUGUUUGAGAAGGAAGAUUACAUUGAAAUGGAGGAUCUUCUGACCCCUGAAAUCGGAGCUUCUUCAGCUGAGAAACCUGCACAGUUCUCGAACCCUGCUGAAUAUGGAGACUUUAAUGAUUUUGACCAAUUGUUUCAUGAUGCUUCCAUGUCUUUGGACAUUGAACCUCCUAUUGCUCAGGGAACUUCUGCAGAUCCGUCUCCUCUGGGUAGUUUCGUUAACAACAACGGAAGACAGCAAUUACUUUUUCAGGACCAGGCUCUUGAGAAUAAGUUGAACAGCUUCAUGGAUCCUAACCCAAAUGUCAAUCAAUUCACUGAGGAUAUGUGGUUUAAAGAUGCCCAUGCUGAUCUCUAUGAUCAACCACAAUCCUCUUCUGUAGCAUUUGCUUCACCUUCAUCAGGUGUGAUGCCUGAAUAUACGAAUCCUCUUGUGAGUGUAAAUGGCCAAAAUGAGGGUGGUGGAACAAGGAGCCAGUUCUCAUCAGCUAUGUGGACAUGGAUGGACUCAAUACCUUCAACACCUGCCUCUGCCUGUGAGGGUCCACUGAAUAGGACAUUUGUGCGUAUGUCUAGCUUGAGCCGCAUCCGGCUCAAUGGGAUGUCAGUUACUGCUAGCAAAGUCACCGUAGCUAAGAAGCGUAUGGGAAACAGAGGUUUUCUUCUCUUGUCAAUUGUGGGUGCUUUGUGUGCCAUCUUCUGGGUGUUCAUCAUAGCUACAGUUGGUGUAAGGCCCGUCUUAUUGUGACCUAAACGUUUUGAUUCAGGAGUUGAAGAGAUUUGAGAAAAGCAACUUUUGACGAAAGGGGUUGUUUUUGGUCUCUCCAUUUCCUAUGCUUAUGAUAUUCAUAUUCGUAUUCACACAACCUCAGGUAGGGAUGGGACUUUUAUCUGGAAUCCAGAUUCGAUUCGAGAUCCGUUCUGGAUCCGCUCCGAAAUUAAGAUAUUCGAGGAUGUCCAGAUCUAAAUCCGGAU